AUGGCGUCCGCGUCGUCUGUAGCCGGAGCUCCGGCUUCUCCUCUACUGCUCAUCGGCGUCAUCAGCAUCCCCGUCGCCCUCUUGCUCCGCUGGUUCGCAUCGUACACGCGCACCGUCCUCAAGGUCCGCAGCAGCGGCCUCCCUGCGAUCCACAGCGGACUCGAGAUUUUUGAGUCCGCUGUGCGGUCAUGGUUCCCUCGCGUCCCCGUCCUGGUGCCCAUGGACAAGUUCACCCUGAAGAAGCCCUUCAAGAAGUUCGCGGAUGCACGGUCCGACAUGAUUGUCUUGACCGAGGCUUCGGCACCGAACCGCGUCGCCUACCUCUUCGGAUCUCCCAAGAGCUUCCGCGAAAUCGGCCGCAACGGCGACAUCUUCCUCAAGCCGGUUGAGAAGGUGCGCUACCGCCUGCUCAACACGUUUGGGCUGCAGCUCGUCUCGACCCAGAACGGCGCCGAGCACGAGAGGCACAAGCGCGUCGUCAAGGCCGUGUUCAACGCCGAGUUCAUGGAGAACGGGUGGAAGAACAUGCGCAACAUGUGGCGGACCAUGCUCCGCGAGGAGGGCGUCUACCCGGCGGCCGCGAACUCGGACACCGCUCCAAUCGUGCGAGACAUGAGGUCGACCAUGCUGAAAGUGACGCUCGGUGCCAUCGGCGCCUCGUGGUUUGACAUUGACAUACCCUGGGAUCCGGUCGACUCCUCCACGUCGUCGGAUGCCGGCGGAUCCAGUUGUUGCGGCCACAUGCAGCAGAAGAAGAAGAGCGAGCUGAUGCCAUUCGCUGAGACGCUGCAGGUGGUGAUGGACUCGCCCUUUGCGCAGAUCACGCUGCCGCUGUGGUUCAUGGAGUGGAGCCCCUCGUCGUAUCUGCGCCGCGCUGGCUGGGCGCAGCGAUCCCUCAUAACCCACAUCAAGGCCGCCCAGAGUGAGGCCAGGCGCAGAAACGAGGCCUUCAAGGAGGAGAUCGGGGGUCAGGACCGGGCGAGAAAGUACAGGAACCUCAUCGGGGCGCUGGUCGAUGCCCAGAACGACGUCGAGAUGGCCGAGCAGGCUGAGAAGGGAUACGUCGCGCCCGAGGUCGGGCUGACGGACAAGGAAGUCCAGGGCAACAUUUUCACUUUCUUGAUAGGCGGUCACGAAACAUCCUCGUACACUAUGACUUUCGCCAUGUCGCUCCUCGCCAGGAACCCCGAGUGGCAGGAAAAGCUGCAUGCCGAGGUCAGCAAGGCAAACAUCCUUCCCCUGGACGGGGCUCCAAGCGUGGACAACCCGAAGCCUCUGAAGUUUCUCGCCUACGAGGAAAUGUCAAACUUCCCUCUCGUGCUUGCGGCCGCCGUCGAGACGCUCCGCAUGCGCGACAUGGCGAUGCAGCUGACGCGCGUGGCCUCGUGCGACACCACGCUCAACUACACGACAUGGGAGGGUGACGCCACCGCCAACGCGGCCGGGGCCAAGGUCCAGAAACACACCGUCGCCAUCCCCGCGGGCACGCGCGUGCACCUCGACAUGGCCGCGUUCGGGGUCAAUCCGUUCAAGUGGGAGGACCCGGAGACAUACAACCCAGCGCGCCAUCUCCGCGAGACGGAAGACGUGAAUGGCAAGAGGAUGACCGUAAACAGAAAUUUUGAAAUACGCUCUAACGCCGCCACGCAGGUCACGUUCCAGGACUUUCUCGGCUUCUCGGCCGGCUCGCGUCAAUGCAUUGGCAAGCGGUUUGCCGAGGUAACCAUGGUGUGCUUCCUGGCCCACAUGGUCCUCAACUUCCGCUGGGAGGUCGUGCCCAACCCGGGCGAGACCCAGGAGGAAGCCAACGUGAGGGCGUCCACGGGCUCGGAACAGUUUGUAUUGACACCACCGAACUACGAUCUGCGCAUGACCAGGCGCUGA